AUGGACUGGACGGAAGGCAGUGCCGGGCAGCCUGGCACCGCUGAGCGGUCCCACCGAAGCAGCAUGUCCUCCGUGGGAGCCCGAGCGGCUGACGUGCUGGUAUACCUGGCGGAUGACACGGUGGUGCCCCGGGCUGUGGAGAACCUGCCCUCGCUCAGUGCCCAUGAGCUUCACCACACCGUCCGAGAGGUCCUGCAGCUUCCGGACAUCGCCCUGGAUGUCUUCGCGCUCUGGCUGGUUUCCCCUCUGCUGGAGGUGCAGCUGAAACCCAAGCACCAGCCCUACAAGCUGGGACGCCAGUGGCCGGAGCUGCUGCUGCGCUUCACCAGUGCCCUGGACAACGACGUGGCCAUGGAUGAGUCUUUCCUGCAGUUCCGAAGGAACGUGUUCUUCCCAAAGCGGCGGGAGCUCCAGAUCCUCGACGAGGAGGUCCUGCGGCUGCUCUAUGAGGAGGCCAAGGGCAACGUGCUGGCUGCACGGUACCCUUGCGACGUGGAGGACUUCGAGGCUCUGGGCGCCCUGGUGUGCCGCGUGCAGCUCGUGCCUUACCAGCCCGGCUGGCCGGCAGCCUGCGACCUGAGGGAGAAGCUGGACUCCUUCCUCCCUGCCCACCUCUGUAAGCGGGGCCAGGGUCUCUUUGCUGCCCUCCGGGGCCGUGGGGCCAGGGCCAGGCCGGGCGAGCAGGGCCUGCUGAACCCCUACCGCCAGGUGCAGGUCAGCAGCGACGGCCGGCGCGAGGCCACCCUGGGCACCCACUACCGCGCCUACCUCCUCAAGUGCCACAAGAUGCCCUUCUAUGGGUGUGCCUUCUUCCAUGGUGAGGUUGACAAGCCAGCCCAAGGCUUUUCGCACCGGGGUGGGCGCAAGCCAGUUUCUGUGGCCAUCAGUCUGGAAGGUGUGCAGGUCAUCGACAGCAGAGAGAAGCACGUCCUGCUGGGCCUGCGCUUCCAGGAGCUGUCGUGGGACCACACCUCCUCUGAGGAGGAGAAGCCCAUCCUGUGGCUGGAGUUCGACGGGGACAGCGAGGGCACACUUGUCAACAAGCUCCUCAAGAUCUACUCCAAGCAGGCUGAACUGAUGAGCAGCCUCACUGAGUACUGCUUCGAACUGAGCCAGGGGGCGGAGCCCGCAGGCCCCCAGGACAGUGCGACUGGCUCGCCCUCAGACCCCAGAUCCUCGCCGGCUCCCGCUCAGCUCCCCAAGCUGCGGAGGCAGGGCAGUGUGGUGCCCAGCCGAAUCCAGCAUCUCUCCACCAUCCGCUACGUGGAGGACUGCAAGGGGAUCAGGCGAGUGAAGCCGAAGCGCACCACGUCCUUCUUCAGCCGGCAGCUGUCCUUGGGCCAGGGGAGCUACACCGUGGUGCAGCCCAGCGACAGCCUGGAGCAGGGCUGAG